CGGGGACUGUCUGCUCCUCGCGCUCGGGAGGUGAGAUCCAUGAUUUGAGCAGAGCAGAGCAGAGGAGCGGGCAGAGCGACUUGAACCUCACGGCUCGACCACCAUGCGGACAUCCGGGCUCUGUUUCUGGCUGCUGUGCCUCGUCUGGGGCCGCUCCCGCGCUGUCGGCGGAAAAGUGAACAAGCACAAGCCGUGGAUAGAGACAUCUUACCACGGUGUGAUCACGGAGAACAUGGACACGGUGCUGCUGGACCCCCCUCUGGUGGCGCUGGACAAGGACGCCCCGGUUCCCUUUGCUGGGGAGAUUUGUGCCUUUAAGAUCUAUGGUCAGGAUGCCCCGUUUGAGGCGGUGGUGUUGAAUCGCACAUCGGGAGAGGGCGUCCUGAGGGCCAGUGGCCCUGUGGACUGUGAGAGCCAGAAAGAGUACACCUUCAUAAUCCAGGCCUACGACUGCGGGGCCGGACCCAGCGGGGCCGACUGGAAGAAAUCACACAAGGCGGUGGUUCACAUCCAGGUAGAUGACAUCAACGAGUUCUGUCCUGUGUUUCGGGAGCCUCUGUACAAGGCGUCGGUUACAGAAGGCAAGAUAUAUGACAGCAUUUUGCAGGUGGAAGCAUGGGACCAGGACUGUUCCCCACAAUACAGCCAAAUCUGCAACUAUGAGAUUGUCACCUCAGGGACGCCUUUCGCCAUCGACCGCAAUGGAAACAUCAGAAAUACAGAGCGACUGAGCUAUGACAAGCAGCAGAGCUACAAGAUCAUGGUGACGGCCUUUGACUGUGGUCAGAAGAAAGCAAAGGACGAUGUGGCUGUGCAUAUUGAUGUCAAGCCCGUCUGCAAACCAGGAUGGCAAGGUUGGAACAAGCGUGUGGACUAUGAACCAGGCACUGGGAGCAAGCAGCUGUUCCCCAAGAUGCACCUGGAAACCUGCGGCGGUCCCCUGUCUGGCGUGAGGGCGAUGGUGGAGCUGCAGACCAAUCACAUCGGGAAGGGCUGCGACCGUGAAACGUACUCCGAAAAGUCUCUGCAAAAACUCUGUGGUGCAGCAUCUGGCAGCACCGACCUCCUCCCUGCCCCCAGCCCCUCCACAAACUGGACGGCGUCUCUGCUGACUGACAGUGGGCGAGACAGCGACCUCAUCUACAGAUUCGACGGGCGUCAGGCUGCCAAUGUUCCAGAUCACGUGGUGCCCCAAAACCUAACAGACCAGUUCACCAUAGCAACCUGGAUGAAGCACGGGCCCAGUCCGGGACUCAGGGCUGAGAAGGAAACCUUGCUAUGCAACUCUGACAAGACCGAGACGAACCGCCACCAUUACUCUCUGUAUGUUCACAACUGCCGCCUGGUGUUCCUGCUCAGAAGAGAUUUCACCCAGGUCGACACUUUCAGACCUGCCGAGUUCCACUGGAAACUGGAGCAGAUCUGUGACAAGGAAUGGCACUAUUAUGUGAUCAAUGUGGAAUUUCCUGCAGUCACACUAUUUGUGGAUGGUGUGACCUAUGAGCCCUACCUGGUGACGGAUGACUGGCCGAUCCACACCUCAAAGAUUGAUACACAGCUGACUGUGGGUGCCUGCUGGCAAGGCGGAGAGGUAGCAACCCCAAGGUUCACCCAGUAUUUCCAUGGCAGCCUGUCGGGUCUGACAAUCCGACCAGGCCGCAUUGAAACGCAGAAGGUUAUCUCCUGUUUGCAGGCCUGUAAAGAAGGACUUGAUAUCAACUCCCUCGAAAGCCUAGCUAAGGACAUCAAGUUCCAUUUUAACCCUGCGCAGUCUGUGCUGGUGGUGGAAGGAGAGGAUGUGGACAGCAUCAACACGGCCAUGACCAAGGUCUCCUACAUCAACUCUCGCCAGUUCCCCACAGCGGGCCUGCGGCGAUUACACAUCACCACCACAGUACAGUGUUUCGGGGAGGACACGUGUCUCUCCAUCCCGGACGUCAAGGCGGUCGUCAUGGUGCUGCCGCCCAGUGAACCGAGGAUCACGAUUACAGGAUCUAAUCGACUGGUCAGGCCUGCCGCCGACCUGCAGGGCCCGCUGGGUGUGGCCCCCUUCAAAGAGCUUCACAUCACCAGCACCGUGAUGAAGGGAGACAGCUUCGGUGGAUUCCGUAGGCCAGGUGUGAUGGAGGUGAUGCAUAACCUGGACUACUGUGACAUCCUGCUCAUUGGAGAGGAACUGAACCCUGACAGAGAGAGUCUGGAGAUUCGUCACAGCGCCUUGUUGGGAAAACACCUGGACGCCACCAACUCCACCUCUGGAAUUUCAAUAUAUGGUGUGGACUCCAUGGCCCACUAUGAGCAGGCACUGAGACAGGUUCGCUACAGGAGCUGGCGACCUGCCACCCUGAGUGAGAGAAGGUUCAGGCUCACCUGCUCUGAACUCAACGGGCGUUACACCAGCAACGAGUUCAAUCUGGAGGUCAGCGUUCUUCACCGCUCGGCGCCUGUGGAGCACGUCAAUCAUAUUGCAGCCCAGCCUCAGUACAUGAGACCUGUCCAUCACCCACUCAUGAUACACACUCUCAACUCACACAUGUCAGGAACAGCACCACCAGCAGCCACAGUAGUAAUUGUGGUUUGUAUCGCUGCCCUGGUUGUGAUUGUGGUGAUCGGGGUGUACAGGAUCCACACCACUCACCAGGAGGAGUCCAGAGAGGACGAGGACGAGGUGAAAGACCCUGAGGAAUGGGACAACUCCGCCCUCACCAUCACCGUCAACCCCAUGGAGAACAUAAGAGGAGCUAAGGCUGUGGAUGAGGAGAUUAAAGAAAAGAACCGGGAGGAGGAGGAGGAGGAUGAAGAACAAGGAUUGACAAGUGCUGAGUCAGACAACAGUGAUGAAGAUGAAGAGGAGGAGGAGGAAGAGAGAGAAGAAGUUAGGAAGAGGAAGCAAAGGGCAAAACUUGAGUGGGACAGUUCCUCCAUAACAUACUGACGACACACACACACACACACACACACACACACACACAUAAAUAUAUACCUACAUAUACACAACAGUCUCUGCAAGUUUCUCUUUCUCUUUCUUUCUCCCUAUCACACACACACACACACACACACACACACACACACACACACACACACACACACACACACACAGCUAAAUCAAACCUGAUAAAAAUGAUUUACAAGCCAUUGCUGGAAACAAAACUUCACUUUGAACCGCCCCAAGCCGUCAUUUUUGAUGAAACGUCUCCCUCUGCUGGACAAAGUCAGAAGUACAGAACCAGCUGCAGUCCCACAGUGCUGCAACAGCGUUUGUGUCACAUCACAGUCAGUAAAGCAGAGCAAAAUCCAGUAUAUCAAACAAGCACAGUCUUUCGCUGAUACAUAAAUUCUCAACUCUGAAGCGAUCAAGAGUGAAAUCUUAAUUAUGGCGACACAAGGAGGAUAUUUACAGUUACAUGUGUCCCCCGAUCACUUUUGUAUUGUUUCCUCUUCUAAACACACUGUCUGCGAGAUGGCGAGUUAUUAACAGAUGUAACGGCGAGAUGUAUCCAUAUACAUGAUAUCCAUUAAUAAAUGUAUCCAUUAACCUUUUUAAUAUAAUUCCUUCGGCCUAUUUAGUAGAUAUAAAAUAGUUGUACUGUCACUACGUGUGUUUCCUCUGUUUUCAUCUUUAACUCAAACCAGACACCUUUCCGUCCUGAACGUGUGUGUAUGUGUGUGUGCGUAUGCAUGUGCAUGCACGCGUGUGUAUGCGUGUGUGCGUGUGUGUGUGUGAUCAGUGCUGAGUUUAAACACGUCACAGUGCCGUGGUUCUGUGGCCUGGAGACAAGACAGAAAUGUUACUCAUCCCUUGCAUACAUGUUUCCCAUUUACAUACAAUCCAAAGCUGACUCAUUAUCUUAUCUUUUACUUUUACUUUUGAUUUCUGAUGCUGUGUAUUUAAAAGCUAAACUUAUAACUUUUCUGACUGCUUGUAGCUGAUCGACAAAAAAGUCGAUUGCA